AUGUCGUCAAAGACUUCGAAACACUCCGAAUCGAGCUCCAGGAAGCAAUCCUCAAAGUCCAAGUCCAAGGCCAGCAAGACCGACGACUGGACCGACAUCACAGACCCGGAAGAGCGCCGCAGGAUCCAAAAUCGUCUUGCUCAACGCAAGUUCCGCAAGAAGAACCAAGAGAGCAAAGAGCAAACCACAAGGGACUCGCAAAACGAGGAAAACGCCCACAACAUCUACCACACAACCGAGGCCGACGACCUGGCCGCGGAAGACGAAGUCUCAGGCCUCCCCUGGGGCGGCAUCAACAUCAAGCACGUGGUCUCCAGAGGCCACGAGCACGAGAGCCGCCGCGGGAGCCGUCGUGGCGAGUACGUGGGCGAAGACGUCCAGUACGCCAACACGUACACUGCCAACUACACGACAGGGUAUCGCCAACCCCCGAGCUACGGAAGCAGCGGGGGCGAGGAAUACUACUACGAGGAAGAGUCGCCGUACUACCAUGAUUACGAGCAGGGCAACGACCCGAGUCAGGCACAGGGCUACUAUCAAAGCAUUCGACUCAACAACGCUCAGCGAUACCAACACUUCUUGCACGACAAGAUCAAUUCGUUCGAGAUGGCGCCUGGAGGAAACGACAAGCCUCUUGACCCCGCCGAGCUGAGGCGUCAGGCCGAGGGAAAAGAGGCAAAGAUCAUUCGCCGACGCGAGCAGCGCGAGAAGCGUCAGGCUGCCAACAAGGAGAAGAAGGCCAUCAAGGCGCAGGCGAAGCGUGACCGCAAGGCCAAUGUCUCGCGUGCCGCGAAAUGGUUGGACCCGGCGCGCAAGGCUGCCGACAAAGCCAAGAAGCAGGCGCGCAAGGCCAACAAGGACGAGAAGCGAUUCAACCGCAUGCUGAAGCGUGCCGACAAGCUUGAGGUGCAGGCCAAGAAGCUCAUGCUAGAGGCGCAGCGCGCUCGCGCGCGCCAUGCUGUCAUGGCUGAGCAGAGAGCUAAGAAGAAGGCCGAAGAGGAGAUGAUGAACAAGCCUGCGGGCAGCACAGCCAAGGGUGACGAUGAUAUCAUCAAGAUCCACGACGGCGACAGCGACGACGAUUCUUCCGACUCCAGCUCUGAUUCCUCAUCCGAUUCAGAGUCGGACUCGGACUCGGAGGCAGAGGAACAGAAGAAGAAGGGCGGUGUUCCUGUCGAGAAGGCCGAGGAAGAUGUCGAGAUGAAAUCCGAGUCACCGAACCCGACCACGCAGCUGCGUGCCGAGAGCGAGGCGAGAGUGAUGAGCGACGAGCAAAUGGAGGUCGAUGUGAAGGAAGAGGAGAAGCCCAAGAAGUCGAAGAAGGAUAAGAAGAACAAGAAGCAGCCGGUGGAGGAAGAGGAGAAGCCUACCGUCGUCAAAGAGGAGGCUCCCGAGGCCGACGAAACUCCCGCCAAGGAGAAGAAGUCCAAGAAGGACAAGAAGAGCAAGAAGUCCAAGGCUGCUGAGGAGGAGGCCGAAGAGGAGCCGAAAUCGAGCAAGAAGUCCGAAAAGAAGCGCAAGCGUGCCCAGGAGGACGACGAUGACGAAUCGGAUGGCGGCGCUGCCAUCACCGAGGAGACUCCUAGUAAGAAGGACAAGAAGAAGAAGAAGAAGACCAAGAAGGACGAGGAGGAGGCUCCCGCGGCUGAUGAGGAUGCCAAUGGCGACGGAUGGGAUGUUACCGCUCUUGAGGGCGGCCAGAAGCGUCAGGACAAGAUGAUGCGACUUCUCGGCGGUGGCAAGGCAGGUGCUGCGGCUGGCUCGAAGGCGGCUGGCAGCAAGGGCAAGCGCGACAUCGGCAAGAUCAGCCAGGAACUGGAGCAGCAGUUCAACGCCGGCGUACACAUGAAGUAUGACGGCGGCGCCCAGCGUCGCGGCCUCGGUGCCUGA